GGUACAACAUUGUAACAGCGUGUAGAAGAAGAAAUCGAAAUAAGGGAAAAGGGAAACUAAAUCAUCAUCUGUGCACAUAUCGAGGUUUAACGUCGUUGUGAGAAGUUCUAUCACUACAAUGACUCGACACGGAAAGAACUGUACGGCUGGAGCUGUUUACACAUACCACGAAAAGAAGAAGGAUACAGCGGCGUCUGGUUAUGGGACACAGAGUGUUCGACUGGGCAAAGAUGCCAUCAAAGACUUUGACUGUUGCUGUCUUUCUCUUCAGCCCUGUCACAGUCCUGUUGUCACUCCCGAUGGAUACUUGUAUGAAAAACAGGCUAUUCUGGAAUACAUAUUGCACCAGAAGACAGAAAUUGCCAAAAAAAUGAAGGCAUACGAGAAGCAGAAGCAAGCGCAGAAGAGCACCAGCCAGUUGGAGUCCAAGUCAGAAGAGAGAGAAAGAGUGGAAAGGUUUAAAUCCAAAGAGGACAGUAUUGUAUCGAAACCCAUCAACCCUUUCAAAUCAGUUAAGGGCAAAGGAAGUGAGGGUACAGUAGACAGCUCAGGAGAAACUUCCACAGCCUCUACAUCCAGCCAAAACCUGCCCAGCUUCUGGAUUCCCUCUCUGACACCAGAGGCUAAGCCCACCCUGCUGAAGAAACCAAGUAAGGUUGUUAUGUGUCCUAUGUCGGGAAGACCCAUCAAGAUGAAUGAGCUCAUCACGGUGCGCUUCACCCCACUGGACCCAAGCCUCGACCGAGUGGCCCUGAUUAACCGCCAGGACAGAUAUGUAUGUGCAGUAACCAGGGAUGUCCUUGGCAACAGUGUCCCUUGUGCAGUUUUGCGACCUUCCGGCACUGUGGUGACUCAGGAGUGUGUGGAGAAGUUGAUCAAGAAAGAUAUGAUCGAUCCUGUGUCUGGAGACAAACUGUCAGAAAAAGACAUCAUACCACUACAGCGGGGUGGAACCGGAUUUUCUGGCUCCGGGGUUCAACUCAGUGCCAAAGAGGCACGGCCAGUCAUGCAGGUGUGAUACAACAGCAGAAAGCAAGACUGCAACAUGCUCCCACAUGGAUAUGUGCUACGUGACAGUGUGAUUUUGUUUAAGAUUUCUUUAUCUUUCUGCAGAUUUUUUUUAUUUCUCUUUUUGUUCCUUUAGAAAACAAAGCAACCUCUGUGUCUGAAACAUCCAAGCUGUUCAUUUGUUUAAUCCAAAAAUGACUUUUUACAUAAUUUUUACAUUUUCUGUGACCGCAUCUCAAAGUCCCACAGUUCUGUGUGUGCAUGUAGAUGUACCCGAGAUGAAAGAUUAGAUUUAAGGAAAGGAAGAGGGAGA